GCCUCUGGUGAGUGAGGGGGUCCGGGGGGGGCCCCCCGAGAGCCCCCAGCCUGCGCCCCCUCCCAGACCCCGGCAGAUGCUGGGACUGCCCCCGCCCCCCUUCCUGGUGCCGCGCAGCCUGGAGAGCAUCGAGAUCGACCAGAAGCUGCAAGAGAUCAUGAAACAGACGGGGUACCUGACCGUAGGGGGACAGCGGUACCAGGCAGAGAUCAAUGACCUGGAGAACCUGGGCGAGAUCGGCAGCGGCACCUGCGGGCAGGUGUGGAAGAUGCGAUUCCGCAAGACUGGCCAUGUCAUUGCCGUCAAGCAAAUGCGGCGCUCGGGGAACCGUGAGGAGAACAAGCGGAUCCUGAUGGACCUGGACGUGGUGCUCAAGAGCCAUGACUGCCCCUACAUCGUGCAGUGCUUCGGCACCUUCAUCACCAACACGGACGUGUUCAUCGCCAUGGAGCUCAUGGGCACCUGUGCAGAAAAGCUCAAGAAGCGAAUCCAGGGCCCCAUCCCUGAGCGCAUCCUGGGCAAGAUGACAGUGGCAAUUGUGAAGGCGCUGCUGUACCUGAAGGAGAAGCACGGGGUGAUCCACAGGGAUGUCAAACCCUCCAACAUCCUGCUGGAUGAGCGGGGCCAAGUCAAGCUCUGCGACUUUGGCAUCAGCGGCCGCCUCGUGGACUCCAAGGCCAAGACCCGGAGUGCAGGCUGUGCGGCCUACAUGGCGCCCGAGCGCAUUGACCCCCCUGACCCCACCAAGCCUGACUACGACAUCCGGGCAGACGUGUGGAGCCUCGGCAUCUCCCUGGUGGAGCUGGCCACAGGGCAGUUCCCGUACCAGAACUGCAAGACGGAUUUCGAGGUGCUGACCAAGGUGCUGCAGGAGGAUCCCCCCCUGCUGCCCCCCGCCAUGGGCUUCUCCGGGGACUUCCAGGCCUUCGUCCGCGACUGCCUCACCAAGGACCACAGGAAGAGACCAAAGUACAACAAGUUACUGGAGCACACCUUCAUCAAGCGCUACGAGACGCUCGAGGUGGAUGUGGCCACCUGGUUCAAGGACGUGAUGGCCCGGACAGAGUCCCCACGCCCAGGGGGUGGCUUGGGCCACCACCUGCCCUUCUUCACCAGGUAGCGCCCAUCCGGCGCCGCCACGCCCGGCAGGGGACACCGGGGACAGCCCUGGGACACCUCCGGGGACAGGAACAUUGGGGACAGCUGGGCCACACCCUGGGACAGGGCCACCCUCCUAGGACAGGGACACCCAGGACAGAUAUACUGCCCUGGGCUGGGACACCCAGGACAGGGACACCUGUGACGCACCCUGGGGGUGGUGACACCUUUGCCACCCCCUUAUGCCACCCAGCGUGAUGGUGAACUGCCACGGCCACCACAGCCGUGGCCCGGCCUGGAGUGUCCCCAGUUUGUCCCUGUGGUGUCCCAGUGUGUCCCUGCCAUCCCAGCAUGUCCCCUCCCACUGUCCCAUCCUUCCCAAGGCCAGGGGACAGCCCUGUCACCUCGGUGUCCCCCUGGCUGUGCCUCAGUUUCCCACAGGGUCCCGUGUGGGGACCAGGCUGGGUACAGGACGGGGAAUUGGCACCAAGGUUGUGUCAGUCUGGGGUGUGACACCGGGGAGGUGACACUGGGAGGUGACAAACGGGGAGAUGGCCCAGGGACGUGGACAUGGCUAGGGGAUGUGACAUGGAUGUGACACCGGGGCCUGGGGCUGUGGCACUCUCCCCUGAGGGGACAUGGAGGUGGCACCAGGACCGGGGAUGUGACACAGAGAUGGCACUUGGGGACAUGGAGAUGGCGCAGGAACGUGGCACAGGGGACAGUGUGGAGAGCCAGCACGAGGAUGUGACAGCAAGGGACAGCGAGGGGACACGGAAGGAUGGCACAGAGAUGGCACUGUGAUGUGACACGGGGAUGGCACCAGGAUGUGACACAGGGACACAGGACAGAGAUGGCACCGGGACGUGACACAGGACACAGGGAUGGCAUCAGGAUGGCACCGGGAAGUGACACAGGAUACAGGGAUGGCAUCAGGACGUGGCACCAGGAUGUGACACGGGGACACAGGACAGAGAUGUCUCCAGGCUGUGACGAUGGGGACACGGAGCUGAAGGACACAGAAUGAUGGUCUGGGGACAUGGACACGUCAUGGACGUGACAUCACAGGGCCCAGUCCUGGGGCUGUGACACCGGGGAUGUGGCACCAGGAGGUGACACUGGGGGGGGUGACACCGGGGACAUGGCCUGGGGUGGCCCCGAGUGGCAGGGCCAUGGUGGCAUAGUGACAAUCAGGGCCAGGCUGUGUCCCCGUUGUCCCCAAGGCCAAGCAGGUGCAGUUUUAGUGCAUUGGGGGCGUGGGCGGCGCUGCCCCCGUCACCCUCAUUAAUUAUUAUUAAUUAUUAAUUAUUAUUAUUAUAAAUGCGCAUGUGGAACCCGA